GGGGGGUGGGAGGCGAUCUCCGUCCACUGCUCACCGGAACAGCUAAAGCACAGGCGCCCAUGAGCCGUUGUGUUGUUUUUAUGUUUUCCCAACGGGAAAACGACACGGGACGCACUGAACUAACCGGCUAGCUAUGUGGCUAGCAUCCGUUAGCUUGGAUAGCGACCAGCUUUUGACACACUCGGAUUUUAUUAAAGGUGUCUCUGCUUUUUUUCCGCUUUUUGAGGAAACUGGUUUGUUUUUUUAAAAACAUAUACGUUUGAUGAUAAACUGCAGCUGAAAGGAUUGGUCAUUUAAGCGGUAUUUAGCAGUUUUACCUAAGUUUUGCAGCCCCAGCCAGACUGUCGCCUCGGGCUGCUAGCAUGUUAGCCGCAGGACACAGACGCUGUUUUUCGGACGCGCACAGAUGGAAGAUCCGAUAGAUAGUCGGCGAAUCUGUCCGCUCCUCAUCGGGCUGCAAAGCUGGACUAAUUCACUUCAUUUCUGUUAUUCGUAUUAGCCAAACGACAUCAGCGAUAAGCCAAAAAAACAGCAGCAAAUCCCUGCUUUUUUAUUUUUGUUUUUACAUUUUUUUCUCAGUGUGUUGUGCCGCACUGGCUGGGAGUUCAGUUCAAGUUUAUGGGCUGACUUUGGAGGAGAUACGUGUAGAAAAGGAGGAUAAUCUGCAGUAGAAGAGGACCAAAAACAAGUUCGGAGGAAGAUCCAGUGACAAAGUUCGCCGUUAUGGCUGUGAGCCGAGCUGCGAUGAAAUCUCUGGCAAGAUUUGGGUUUUGCUUUGCUGUCCUGCUGACUUCUGUAGCUGCUGCGCAGGGCGAGCAGAGGGAGUGUGCCUUCACAGACCAGCAGCAGCAGUGGGAGGUGAAGCGAGUGACGGAGGGUGAAGGCUCGGUCUCUCCAGAGAACACCACCAUUCGAUGUGCCAAAGGCAAGCACUGCUUUGGCCUGUGGGAGAAAACCCCUCCGGGUGAACUACAGCUGGUCAAACAAGGUUGCUGGACUCACCUGGACGAUAACCAUGAGUGCCAUGACGACCGCUGCGUGGUGACCAGGCUGCCUUCGCUGAUCCAGAAUGGAACGUACCACUUCUGCUGCUGUGGCAGCGACAUGUGCAACGUCAACUUUACGGAGAACUUCUUGGUGCCGAGCCCCACGCCGCCUCAGUUGAUCGAUGGAACUCUGCGCAAUGAGGAAACGGUAAUUAUCGCCCUGGCAACAGUCUCCGUGCUGGUUGUGGUCGCCGUAGCAGCCUUCUUUGGUUACCGCAUGAUGCACGGCGAUGGCAAACAAGCGCUCCACAACCUGAACAUGAUGGAGUCUGGUGGCUCUGAGAGCUCCCUGGACCUGGACAAUCUCAAACUUCUAGAGCUGAUUGGACGUGGGAGAUACGGCACCGUCUACUGCGGCUCCCUGGACGAGCGGCCAGUUGCCGUUAAAGUUUUCACAGCAGCCAAUCGGCAGAACUUCAUCAACGAGUGCUCCAUCUACCGUCUGCCGCUGCUGGAGCACGAUAACAUCGCUCGUUUCAUCGCCGCUGAUGAGCGGACGGGCCCCGAGGGCCGCACAGAGUACCUGCUGGUCAUGGACUAUUACCCACAUGGCUCUCUAAGUCACUACCUAAAUGUCCAGACCAACGACUGGGUCAACAGCUGUCGGUUAGCUCACUCCGUCACCAGAGGCCUGGCUUACCUGCACACGGAGCUCUUUAAAGGAGAUUUGUACAAGCCUGCUGUUUCCCACCGGGACCUGAAUGGCAGGAACAUCCUGGUCAAAGCUGACGGGACGUGCGUCGUUAUUGAUUUCGGUCUGUCCAUGAAACUGACGGGGAACAGGCCGGCGCGCCAUGGAGAGGAGGAGAAUGCUGCUAUAAGUGAGGUGGGGACGAUCCGCUACAUGGCCCCGGAAGUGCUGGAAGGUGCUGUGAAUCUGAGGGACUGUGAGUCGGCACUGAAGCAGGUGGACAUGUACGCUCUGGGUUUGGUCUACUGGGAGAUCUUCAUGAGAUGCACCGACCUUUUCCCUGGAGAAUCGGUGCCAGACUACCAGAUGGCCUUCCAGGCAGAGGCAGGAAACCACCCCACGUUUGAGGACAUGCAGGUCCUGGUAUCCAGGGAGAAACAGCGGCCCAAAUUCCCAGAGGCCUGGAAGGAGAACAGCUUGGCGGUUCGCUCUCUAAAGGAGACGAUGGAGGACUGCUGGGACCAGGACGCAGAGGCACGUCUCACGGCACAGUGCGCUGAGGAGCGACUCGCCGAGCUGCUCCUUAUAUGGGACCGCUCCAAGUCCGUCAGUCCCACCCUCAACCCCAUGUCCACCACGCUGCACAAUGAGAGAAAUCGCAUGACCCCCAAGUCUGGCCCGUACGCAGACCACCCCUCUAGCUACAUCGAAGAGCACGAGGGUGUUACUAAGAACCAGCAGGCGGACACCACCGCUUCCUUAACAGGCAGGGUCUCAGUGGGGAUUGGAGAGAGGAACAGGAAUUCCAUCAACCAGGAGCGCCAGCAGCAAGCAAACGCCCGUUUGCCCAGCCCAGAGGGCAGCAGCACCAGCAUGGGCCUGAGAGGCAGUCCAUCCGCCUCCACCACUACCACUACCAUCAUCUCAGAGUCUGAAGGGUCCGUAGGGGCCGGCACAGUCCCCGUUUGCCUACACCUGACCCAGGAGGAUCUGGAAACCACCAAGCUGGAUCCCAAAGAGGUGGAUAAGAACCUAAAGGAGAGCUCUGACGAGAAUCUGAUGGAGCACUCGCAGAAACAGUUCUGCUCACCUGACCCUCUGAGUCCUGGGAGUUCCAGCUUACUCUACCCCCUCAUCAAGAUGGCCAAUGAGGCUUCAGGAGUAUCGGAGCCUUCUGCUGCUAUGCCCACUGCUAUCUUUCCUCUCCCUAAGCAGCAGAAUCUGCCAAAGAGGCCAUCCAGUCUGCCGCUGAGAAACAAGCCCAGCAAGAAGGAGUCGUCGUCCUCCUCGCUGAGGUUUAAGUUCGGACGCUCGGGGAAGUCCAACCUGCGGCAGGUGGAGGGAACAAAGAUGAACAUUGGUGCCCCGACAGGCUCCGUUACUGUGGAGCCGCCGCCGGGAGCAGGGACUAACAACAUACCUGUGAUACGGGACCCACAUGUCAACGGGACUGUCAACGGUCACGCCAGCGGGGGGGUGUCCUCCUUAGUGUCUGUGGGGACGGGUGUUAUCCCGAAUGGCUCUGGGCCUCUGAGGUCGGACGACGGCCGGUUGAGCCUGGGUGUGAUCACCGCCAGCCCCGACGAACACGAGCCCCUUCUGAGCCGGGAGCGAGAGCAGCCCGACGGCGGAGCCGCACCCACGGGCGUCGCCGGCCUCCGUUCGGCCCGGCCCAACACCAACAACAACAACAGCAACACCGGGCACGGCCAAGGGGACGGCAACAGCGGCGGGGAGAGCGACGGGGGAGAGGAGGAGGGCGCCGCCGAGGGGACAAGCAAGGAGACGGCAGGCGAGAGUUCUGGGUUCUGCUCGGUUCCAGCAGACCCACCGAGGGACGCAACGGUCCCCAUGAGAGGAGAGGCGCUGCUCAGGCAGCCCAGAGUUCGCAGACCGGAGAGACCCAACUCUCUCGACCUUUCAUUCACCACACAAGAUCUAGCCUCUUUAGGGGAGGGCCUGGUGAGACCCGACGCAGCCGCGGGGACUGGAGAGAAAAUCAAGAAGCGUGUUAAAACACCUUACUCCCUUAAAAAGUGGCGACCCACCACAUGGGUCAUCUCCACAGACACCCGCGGCCCAGAGCUCAACAACAACGGCUCGGCCCGAGGGCUGGGUCACACCGAGAACGGGCCCAAGUCCACUUCCGCCAUCUAUCUGCAAGGUGGAGGCUUGUCCAGCGAGCCAAGCGACACGCAGGUGUGAGUUCAGAGCUUCUGCCCGGAAUGAGACCAGCGGAGAGAACUCGGCAAAAACAAAAUGGCCGCUCUACUCCGAAACACCAAAAGGAUGCUACGGAGUGCCGAUGAUCCGCCGAACCUGAUCUUGUACAGUAAUUGGGUCCGUCUCGCUCCCUCGUGUCUUUCCGAUGGCAUUGCUUUACAUGGAAUCCAGCUAUGCAGCGUUCUCACUCAUCUUUCUUCUUCGUUGGUUUCUAAAGUUUUUUUUUUUUUUUCCCCCCCCACCUCAUAAUAGCAAUCAAUCGAACUGAUCCACUUUGCUCCCUACGUGCACUUUGAACCAACGGAGAGAGAAAAAAAAAAAUCAGUGUUUCCAAGCGGCGUCUGUUGCGACCGCCAUUAAAAAGCGGUCUCUAAACUUAAAUAGGCGAUGACAACCAAUCAACACUCCCUUACUUUGCUGUGUGACGCUUGUUUAAUGUAAGCUCUGUAAAAAGAAGAAAAGAUUUGAUGUCUUAAAGACGGAACAAGCUACUUUUUUUUAUUAUUAUUAUUUCUUGAUCUGUAUGCAAUACCAUUUGUCUUUUAACCAUUAAUCUAUGUUUUUGUACCAUAAUCUUUAACUGUGCAAUAGGAUGUAGUUUUUAGAUGCUUACGCUGUUUUUAUGGCUUCCAUUUUUUUUUAAUUUCAUCUAUAUUUUGAUACAUUAAUCUUUGUUGCACUUAUGACUCGUCACAAUCUUUUUUUUUUUUGUGUUGCUUCAUGUUAACAAUCUGAGUUUAUCUCCGUCCCCAUGAGCUCAAGAGGAGAAAACGGAUGACAAUCCUCUCCUUUCCUUCGACUCUGAGCCGACUUUAAAGGAGGGGGGGACGCAAACGGUUACAAUCGACCCAAGCUGACUGGAAAUGUUUGUUCUCACUGCAAUCAAACCUAUGGAGCACCCUGGUACGUCAACUGACCUCACUGUGGACCGACUGAAACACUACAAAGCCCAGAUUCUGCUGUUUGAAAUCAGAAACUUAAAACGGACGCGCACAGAAGCACGCUGGAUAAUAUUUCUGCUUCUCGUUCUGAUCCUCUGUUGUUGGAAUGACUGAUUCAGUGUGUGUGUGGGUGUGCUGUCGCUCUUUGUCCGCUAGUAUCAUAUGUAGAGCCGUGUCGGCCUGUACAGGCGAGCUUAAACCUUCUCAUCCCCUUUGUUUGUCAGGACGCCAAUGACAGGAUCUCAUUUAUGUUUUUGUAAUCUGUAAUUUCUAUUAAAAAAAAAGCUAUGUGUAUUGGAUUGAUAUUUCCUUUUUUUUUUUUUUUUUUUUAAGAAAUGUGCAUUCAAUGGUUUCCAUUGCUAUGGGUCUGCUUGGUACCGUUUCUGUACACACUUUCAAGUCAUUAUGAAAGAAAAUAU